AUGUCCUCUCUAGAAAGUUCACCUAGUCCAUCCAGCGUUAAUUCUAAUAACGAGUUUAUAGGAUCAUCCGCUCUACCAACAACUCCUCCCACAUUAACACCGAUCAGACCUGAUCAAAAAACAAGUGAUCCGAUUGUUCAGCCCUCAACCCCGAAACCCACAGCACAGCCAACAUCGUUCUCAGAGUGGCAGUUAUUGGCUGUAUUGCAGAGAGCGAAUCUGGUUCAGUAUUAUGACACGUUCAUCACGCAAGGAGGCGAUGAUAUAAACCAAAUAAUGCAAUGUGAUGAACAAGAGUUCUUGGAGAUUAUGUCUUUAGUAGGAAUGCUUUCCAAACCUCUGCAUGUUCGAAGACUUCAAAGAGCUCUUAGUGAAUUUUCGAAAGAUCAAGCCGCAUUCAAUAUGCAAUCAAUUCAACACAUAGGCCCACCUCCACCACCUCCUCAGUUUCCAUUGAUGAAUAGUAAUGAUGCCAUAUCUUAUUUGAUGCCAACAUUUGCGGCUACAUUGAACAGCUUAGCAUCUUCUUCUUCACCUGGGCUAUCUAAUUCUGAGCCAUCGACAACAACAUUCACAACAAGCACUUCAGCCAGUGCUACAACCUCAACAGCCAACAAUAAUAACAAUAAUAUCAGUGGAAACGUUGCGAACAAUUCGGUAGCGUUGGCGACCAGCGUCUCCUCUUCUAUGCUCAACCCUUUGGCCCUUACUGGCACAAUCGGAGGGACAGCAAACAUUUUUUGCGGAGAACGUCUCAGAAAUCUCCCAAGCUCCAUCUCAGCCUCCUUUAAAGAGGAAGAGAGGUCGACCAGUCCUGUUUCAAUAGCUGGUGAUUUCCUGUCUUUAAACGAAUCUGAUACUCAAUCUGAAAUUCCUGUCUUAAGUGAUGCUCAAAUACGUCGUAUAACAAUAUGUGCAGAAAAUGUUUUUCAUAGUCUUCCUGUAUUUGAACCUAAGCUUAUACAAAAUAAAAAACGUAUUUCAAGAGAAGUUCUGGACUUAAUGGCUAUGCCCGCUAACACUCCUGGUCGAUUAGAAGAAUAUCGAAAGUAUUCAGCUAUUUAUGGACGUUUUGACGCUAAGCGAAAACCAAACAAAGUUCUAUCUAUACAUGAAGUUUCUGUUAAUGAAGCUGCUGCUCAACUUUGUCUUCUAAUGCCGGCUCUAUUGACGAGGCGCGAUGAGUUGUUCCCACUAGCCAGACAAGUAAUAAAAAAUGCUGGUUAUCAAUAUCAGAAGAGCUUAAAACGGCGGAUAAAUGAGUUCUCUUCACCUGAAAUCAAUCCAGCAUCGAGUCCUUUUUCCCUGGAUCAAGAUGACUUCCUACCAACAAACAUGGAAGACAAAAAAUCUCCUCAGAUAGAGAAAUCCGGGUAUUUGGAAAGAUGGGCAUCAACAAAACUUAACAUGACUUGUUCUUCGGAUGACCAGAUGACUUCGGAUGUAACGACAACUACAUCAGACUACUUCCAAGGCUUCCGAAACAGACUGACAUCAUAG